UCAUAACUACGACGUCAUAACUCAUGCACUUAUGCACAAUAAUGCAAGUUGUGGCGCCAUCUAUUGCAACUAUAUUUAGCUUAUUAAGUCAUCACGGCAGUUAAACACAACAAAGAAGCUUUUUAGCCUCGCUCAUAGGUGACGAGACCAUUUGUUAUUGUUCAAAUUGGGCACAGUAGGCGAACUUUGAAACAACGUUUUUAAAACUUAGUUGUUGAUGAUGAUAAUCACUAAGUUUUGUUCGCUGUCCACCAUGGUUUCGUUGCUCCGUCUGUGGUUCCGUUCCCCAUCCAUACCGUCCGCACCGUCCGUGCGAAACCGAGCCGUUAUGGAGGCACGCGCCUAACGAGAAGUGGCGUGGGCCUGCUGCCAACAGGAUGAACCCUGGCCAACAGGUGCCAAGCAUCGAGCACUGUUAUUGUCUUCAUGGAUGUGCUGGGGACUUUGCUCACUCUCCUCCUGUCCAGCUCAUGCACUGCUGUACCGCUGCCACUGAAGCCAACACUAGAAGCCCUCUCCACCGACCAUCAGGGGUUGAGCUUGCCAGAAGCAGGACAACCAAUCAACACCAGUGCGGAUGGCAACCCGUCAACAUUCACUCUACCGGCACCGACAGGAACGACAAAGUUAGCUAAUGAUGCUUUCUUGCAGAGUUCUGUGGACAUCACAACUGCCGAGCCCCAUCACCACACUUCGAUAUUCCCUGUUCCCAGCAUGUCUGUAAAGAACACUAUGGGGGACACCGUUUUGUCAACUGCAAAGAUGAUAGGUAGUGAAGAUGUUGUGAGUGCAUCAAAAGACAAGGAAUCCAUGGUGGUGGAAACACUCUCCUAUCUGCAAACUACUACACAAGCCUCUUUGGAAUUGGAUGUGCUUGAUUAUGAACUAAGCUCGCUCAAGAACAAGUCAGUGGAUAGACAGGUGACCACAUACUCUGGAAGCAUGCUGUCGGCCUGGGUUGAUGUGACAACUGCACUUCCAGAUCCAACUGGGAAAAAGCUGCUGAAGCCAACCGGUGACCCUACACUGAGUAAAUCAUCAGUUGUAAGUGUGUAUAAAGCACCCAUAUCACCGUAUGUUGGUGAAAAGGAGGCAACUACACCAAUGUCAUUUACAGUUCCUAAGGUUACCAGUCAUAACCAAGCUAAUAACAAAGACCUGCAUGUUUUAGUGGAAGGACCAACCACUGAAGAGCUUACGAGUCAAGUUCCACCAACUGCAAAUCCUAAUGUAACAACUCAUGACUACUUUGGAGUACAAAGCCUGGUGUGGCCUACUGCAGUGAAUAUUGCAUUUGCUGUGAAUUCUGAUACACUAAACAUUACAACCACAGAGUCAAUGCAAGCAACCACAAUGCUGUCCAGCACUCUCCCACCUCAGAACAAUGAGGAUUUCGUGCAAACUUCAGCACCUACAGCAAUAAACAUUAGUGUGGAGCAUGAAUCUGAAAGCAAUGAAGACGUAGAUGUUGAACGUCAGUUAGAGAGUCUUGUGUCGACACCAAGUCCAAACACGAGACCUUUCACUGCCCAAAGUCAGAUCAUCCAGCCUUCAACCACAGAUUCUUCAUUCUCAUCAAGUGCUGACUUGGUUGAAGUUGCAACGAAGCAAAACAACACAUUAAAUGAGAGCUCUGUAUACCAUCUGGUGACCAGCACACCACAAACCAAGGAAAAUGGAGGCAACAUGCCACUAACAACAUCGAGUGACCCAGUGAACUGCACAUCAGUGUUUUGCACAGCUGAACAAAUGCCACACUCACUAACGGACUCUCCUGAUAUAGGCACUACGGUUAAACACAGUGCUACAUUUCAGGUGAAUACAAGCCAAAAUGCAGAUGAUGAUGCAUCUUCGAGCAUUGGGCUACCUCUUGAGAAUAUAGAACCAAGUGCCACUGCUGUCACAGUGUCUGAACCUAUCCUGGAAUUGAGCACAGACUCCCUGGAACACACUGAAAUUGACAACUCGUCAGUGGUGAGUUUUGCUCUGGAAACCAAUAAUGUGACCUUAGCCGAGACGACAAGCAUGCCACCCAUGUUGGUUGGCACAUCAACAACAGUUAACUCGAGUGAAGUAUCAAUGAAUCCACAGAAUCAGUCGGAUUCAACUAGCAUGCUGACGCAGUAUGUCAAGAUGUCCACAGAGGCUACUGACUAUGAGCAGAAAGCAUUCCAAACAACGCCGUCAGAAGACAGCAUAUCAACUGUUGCAGAGACUACAACAUACAGCUCCUUUGAUACUAUGUUCACAUCACCAUCCUCUCAUCAUAGAGACACAUCGACUCUAUAUUAUGACAGAGAAAGCGCCACGAAGCAGACACCAUUGCAAGCCAUGAAAAAUGAAACAGUUAUGGAUAGCCUAUUUCCUGCUGCACCAAGUACUGCAGUAGACUCAGUAUUAAGUACAACAUUUUUGGGAGACAGUGUGACUAACUCUGAUAAUUUUAAUAUGCCAAAUACAACUAGCGCUGUUGAACAUGAUGAGAUGCCGAGUUCAGUAGGCACCGGUGACCCUGCAGAAAUACCAAGAAUGAUUUCAGGUACUACUGCUGCAGAAGUAGAGGGGCAGCAAGUGUUGCCAGAACUAAUACAUGCUCCCGAUGAAAGCCUGCCAACACAACUGUUUGUGAGUGAACCAACAGAACAUUUUACACUUUGGAAGGAAAGUGAUACUGCUGGUGAGAAGCUUCAAACAACUCAAGCUUUAAGUGCUGUCACACAAAGCAGUGUGUCGUCUGAUUUCUCAUACGCUUCAAGAGAUGGACUCACUAGUGUUGUUUUGGAAGUAACAACUACACUACCCACAAACCAAGACAGUUCAGAGGAGAGCGAGCCAGUUUCACCACAUACUCCAGCUCGUACUGUCACACAAAGCAGUGUGUCAUCUGAUUUCUCAUACGCUUCAAGAGAUGGACUCACUAGUGUUGUUUUGGAAGUAACAACUACACUACCCACAAACCAAGACAGUUCAGAGGAGAGCGAGCCAGUUUCACCACAUACUCCAGCUCGUACAAGCGACAUCACUCCGGUAGAAGAGGUGACAUCACCACACGUGGAGCAGAGUACCUCAGAGAAGAGCACGGUUUCCGUAGCUGUGCCUUCCGAAGAGACAACGGUGAUGCCAAGGCACGGAACCUUGGAAGGCAGCACUUUGGCUGUGCUUUCCACUCAAGCACCUGUCAUUUCAAGUUCAGAACAAACAGUGAAAGGCACACUGCCAACCUGUGUGCCCUUGGAGCCGCCGCGGAGUCCAACACACGAGUUCCGGCUGGUGUUCAACACUUCGGCCGAGUUCUCCUGGGAGCAGGUAGAGGCCCUCGAGAGGCGUAUCCAGUACUUUUCCAACGACAGCGCUUGCCCCCGCCGCUUUGCACGCACUGCGUUUGCCCUUGGGCCCCCGCACGUGCUCAGCUGGACUGACCCAUCGGCCAACGCAAGCUGGUGCGAUCGUGCUGCCGUAGACUUCCUGCUGCAUGCCAUGCGUGCCAACACUGGCCACCCUACGCCCGAAGUGACGAGGGCUUUCUACCCAGAGUUUAAGGUUGUCGCUGUCGAGCUUCGUUACCGUGGUGCGUGUGCAGACCGCCGGGGCACUGCACCAUUUCCAGUCGCGGCUGCAGCCAUUGGCAUUGCCCUCGCUGCAGCACUUGUGGCUGGCUUGGUCCUCUGGAGGGCACUGCGACUCGCACCCCCGCGGUCACGCAAGCUCACUGUCACUGGCAGGUCCUCCACAGCCCAACAGCAGCCACCUCGUGACUCGUUUGAUCUGAAGCAGCGUCGGCCCGCACUCCUUCCGGGAGAGAACAGGGCACUGGCCGGCGGCACCAAUGGCACCCCAAGCAAGAGUCCGCACACUAAGCCUAACCCCCCGUUUGUGGUCGAUACGGACUUCUGUUACAUCAAUCCCAACUUCCUGGAGGUUGUGAAGCCUUCGCCGCCGCCACCGCCGCCCUACCGGAGGUCGCUUGAGAGGCGGGUGCGCAGCCUUGAGGCCGUGCCCCCUGCUCCACCCCCGAGGCCACCGCACGGUCCCCGCUCGACCCUUGGGAACCGCAGUAAGAGCCAACCGCCGGUGGAGCAGGACGAAGGAAACUGCACGUCGUCCAGUUCUGGGGUGGAGUCGGAUGCACAACCGUCUGGGGAGGCCAAGUCCAAUGAGAGCAGCUGAAGGCAGUAGAGUCUUAAAUGAUGGCACAACAACACCUCAGGCAAAUUCCACCGGCUAUAUUCCAUGUGAAUCAUUUAAUUUUUUUUCUCUUUGUCCUUCCUCAUUGGCUCGGACGCCACUGGCCCCAGCUUUCUCUUUGCACUACCAUUCAGAAUGAUUGUAUUGCUGUUGAGCUUGACGUACCACUUUGUGAUUUUCCUUGGUGGAUACAAAAUGAGUUGGCAAAAAAUUGCGCAAUACCAAUAGUGCAUUCAGCCUAUGCAAGUUUUACCCAUAUGCUGUUUCAAAGUGGCAUUUACUAUCAAGUCAGAUAUGGUGCACAUUGAUACACAAUGGCCUUGGCCAACAAAGCACUUGGAGAUCUCUUGGUGAGAGAGGCCUUAACGCUUAGGCCAUAUUCUCAGUCAAUAAUUCUCAGGAGCCUUAUUUCCAGCACACAUUCACCGGAUUACCCAGUGUAAAGGACAGAUCACUUCAAUGAGACACUAUGCUGGCUUUUAUGUCAUGCAAAAGCGAAAGUGUCAAUCAAGAGCUUCAGCUGCCCCUCAGUACUGGUGUCACAUGGUCAAUUUCCAUCGCAAUCGGGCCUUAUCUGGAUUGAGUGCUGCUACACAGUCACCUUUGAUCACGAUCUUGCUUGAUCUGAAUGCAGGUUAUUGCGAUUCAUGCACCAUGAAUGAGCUUUAAUUGUGAUCAUAGGCUGGCAUCCGUGCCGUCUAGCUCAGCAUGCAAGAAAACGCUAACAUUAAAAAGCAAAAAUAGAGUAAUAAAAAUGCAUAAAAAAGAUUUUUAUAAGCAAUAGUAUAUAUUUUCUUGAAAUAAAUAAAUUUUUAUUAUACAGAUUUUACAGUGCUUUGAACCCACUAACGACACCAUGUGGGCUUAAGCUCACCCAAACUUGAUCCAGAUCAUUGGACCACGCUGCAGCGAUCAUUUUUGAUCGCAGUUAAGAAGUUCAAUCUCCAUCAGGCCCAGUUGCGAUCAAAAAUUACCUAUGACACCGGUAUAAACUUUGUUCUUUCAUUGGUCCAUUUCCAGCCCUGACAAGCCUUUUUCCAUCAGUUUCCUCAUGUCAAUGCAAACGUCUUAGAAAAUAUUAAAAUGACAAGGUAAGCAACAAGAAAGGAGGACACAAAAAACUAACAUUAACAGCUACUUUCAAUGACUGAAGUCAUUGGAAGCAGCAUAAGACUAUGCAUAUAAUAUACGACCAAAUGCAGGAGAUUUGUGACAAGAGAUUGUCUGUCUUAGUGAUCCAGGCGUGACACUACUGUGUGACAGACAUUUUCCACUCUCGGAAAUUCUAGCAAGACUGUAUGUUGGCUCAUCAUUAGGCGUGCUUUGGAACUGCACUGACGUCAUGAUUUCAUAGGUGCACUGGUGCUAAAAACCAGAGCAUACAAUGAAGUCCCGUCAAGUGUUGCAUGUCGAGCUGCAACAUCUUGCUUUCGCGUGCAGAAUCUCUAAAACUGCAUGAUCCUCAAACAUAAUUGCUGGCAAACUUAUUUUAUACUGUACACUUGAAACCCUUAUGUACUGAACCUUACAUUUUAAAACUGAGUUUGUGGCUAAAAGAAAAGAGCCACGAAUUCAAGACAGGACAUGAGUUACGGUUCUUUUCCUCUUUUAAACAUGUCGAACCGACUGGCCCAAAGUUCCCUCUCUUGAACAUGAGUUGAUGACGCUUGUUUCAGCAUACCAUUUUUUUUUCAAUUGAAAAUGUGGAACUCUGGUCAUGUCUGUAGCUUGGUCGGUCAACCAUGAGAUGUUUUGAAAUACAAAUGAGCAGCUCUUUUGGUGAUGAUAUGCUAUAGCAGGCUUUCCAUUUUGUAUCCACAAAGCAUGUCAGUCAUUUUGCUGUGAAAUCUGAGAGACAUGUAUUAGCUCGCCUGUGAUGCCACUGCCUUCACUGCGCAGGUGGCAUAAGAAUACUGUGCUUAGCUGAUGUCAAGUGGAAGAGCUUGUGAAAGUAGACAAAAAUACGUCCAUAGCCAAUGUGUAAUCUGCUUCACACUCUAUGUUGAAGACUUCCUUCAACAAAGUGAGCUUAUCUGAAGAGGAAGGAAAACAUCACUUCAUAUUCAUAUGCAAGCUGAUGCCAUCCUAUUAUUCAGUGUCUUUAUUAAUGUUGCUGCAGCAGGUACCCCAGAGAGUACUUGUUUCUGUAGUGACAAAACUCUGGCAAUGACACGUUAGAUGGGGGCCCAUUUGUCUCUAUUACUGCAACAAGCUUAAUGAGCCUGCAUUUUUCUCCUGCUUUGAUACAUGUGCCACUCCACAUUGAAGCAUAGAACUUUCACUGCCAUUGGAACCCUGCAUUUAUGAAACUUGACAUGUGACACCGAGCAGGGUGACCACUGUUAAAAAAAAAUAGAUGUGUGCAUAAGAGACUUCUUCAAGAACUUCAAGUGGGCACUUGUUCUAGUACAAUGUAUUGAAUGUUGCGUAAAUAAGAGUGCCAGGCAUUAGAUAUGUGUCCUUUUCUGCACAUUGUUCUGCUUAAAGCACCGUCACGCCUGACACAAGACGGGGACGAGCGGCUGCCCUCUCUUGUGUCUGUUGUGUGAACGCUGCAGCUGUGCACCAGGUGUCAACCAACUAGCCUGAGAACGGGUUCUGCUAAAACAUUGUUCUUCUUGGCACAAUGCAAGCAAUGUGAAGCAGAGAGAAACAAUUGCCACUGUCUUAUUCCUAGGGCAAUAUCCAAUUUGUGCAAAUUGCCUGCCUGUUUCACCCAUGAUAAACCUAAAUGCGCCUUGUAUAUGACGAUGGCAGGCAAAAUUUGUAAUUUUGCUGCAGUGACCAUUCCACCAUGCAAAUGCUACUGCCAUUGUUAAGGCAAAAUACAAUGUGGCAUUUUGCUGUUCUGCAGUCAGAGACUGUUCCACUGCAGCGAAGGUUCCUUCUGUUUUGUUUGCCGUGUAGGACACAUACUUCUAAUUUAUUUUUGACGAUGCAGCUAGUUAAUUCACCCAAACAUAAUAUUAAACUGAAAACAAUUGACAGAAAAGCUGCACAGUGCCUCCUCCAAGUGAAAUUUGGCUGCAAUUUACCCAGCAUAGCUAUGCGUACCUGCCGUUAUUUAUGCAACAUUCUACACUUGCUGCUGCUUCUGGUACAGAGCCAAGUUCUUAAACACAUUAUAUCUGACGUAUGAACUGUGUGACAUCAUCUUCAAGUUAGUUCUACAUGUGUAUUUUUAGCAGCGUGCAGCUAGAGACAGCCAGUUUUGCCACGAAUGACAGCAGUAGUGUGUGCACAACCUUUGUUGACACGGAACAUUUCUGGUUAUCUGUAAAGUUUGCACAUGAAAAAUGUCAUUGCAUCAUCUCAUUUAUUUUUACUGUUACAGACUCUACAAUUACGUCUGCCCAGUGAAUUUUAAGAGCUGUGCAAGAUCACUUUUGUGGCAUUCAGCUCGCUCAAGAAGCAGUGUGUAAAAUUGUCUCGACAUGUGUUAGUCCUGCAUGACCAUAGCCACUGCUAAGCAGCACAAACAUGCUCAACUGUAAAACCAAUUGCACCAACUUGCCCCAGAAGAAGUUUUGUUAUUAUAGUGCUCAAUUGUGAUGUGGCAGUAAUGGUUGAAGCUGCUAGAUGAUCCGACUUGUCUAAUGCACUCUUCAUUUGGAACCAGUUGUCUCUGGCAGCAUGCAUUGUGCAAUGUGCACAUUCUGCUGGCAGGAAGAUGCCUCCUUGAGACUGCCAUCCUAAGUGAACACCAUCAGCACAGUUGUGCCAACCUUUAUGUUAUAAUUGUACAUAGCAAGUCGUAAUGAUGACAUACUAGGCCAGUGCCUGCAGUGCCAGCUAGUAUUAUAAAAGGAAAGGCUAUGCACUGCUACUACGCAUGCAUUGAACAACCAGCACUUGGACACACGUUCGUGUGAUUGACGAGUUGUCCUAUGGCAUUGGAUGCCAGCUGCUUAAGGUUGCACACUGGCAUAUUCUCCUUUCAACGUGCAACCACCGUUAAGAAAACUUUAUGUGCAAGUACGAAGGUGCCAUCAACGCUGUCAUUUCACUGGUAUCACUGGCCAGCACGUAGGCACUGCUCUAUACAGACACUGUACCAAUGACUAUGCAUUCCAGAGUUACUUUAUUUCUCGUGACUAGUCUCUGUGCUCAUUGUUAGCAAAGAAAGAAGCAUUAUUUAUUGAAAUGUCUUAAAAAACAUUAGUGUGUGCGUGUGUGAAGUUGUUUGUGGCUUGAAUGUAAUUGAUAAAUGACUGCGUGUAGAGGGCAUUGCUUUGGUAAAUGCCAUGAUUCUUAUGUGUUUUAUAAUAUAUGUAGUAGUGCUAAUAGCCUCUUCGUUUUGUUUUCAUGCCUUUAAAUUAAGUGACGGGAAUAAAUGCACAAUGCUAAAGGGCAACUCCAGAGUCUGCAGUUUCACAGAAAGAUUUAUUGCAUGCUUUGUCCUUAACAGCAGUGUGCCAUCUUUUUAUUUUGUUUGUAAUAAAUUUUAAAGAGGUGCCA